GCUGUGGCCACGGUGGCUCGGGCGGGAGGAGCCACCGUGGAGCCGGGGGCGGGGGCGCAGGACAGUACCCGGCUGGGUGAGGGGGUGGGGAAGUGUGAGCCCGGGCUGGGUGGGCGUCGCCGGUGGGUGGCCGCCUGGGCCGGGCGCGGAGCGUGGGGGGCAGGGUUACCGCGGCCCGGGCCUUAGUCCCGCCCUCGCAGGAGGCGGGAGAGGAAACCGAGCCUGGCGGCGGGCUGGGCCCCGCAGCAGCUCCCGCCGGCCGGCUUCGUCCUGCGCUCCCUGCUCCAGGCGGCCGGUCUCGGCCGCGCCCAAGCCCCGCCAUGCGGCCCCCGGGGCUCUGCGGGGCCGCGCCGCUUGCCGCGGCCGCCCUCCUGGUGCUGGGGGCUCCCCUGGCGCUGGCCCGGGAGGACUGCCUGUGGUACCUGGACCGGAACGGCUCCUGGCAUCCAGGCUUCAACUGCGAGUUCUUCACCUUCUGCUGCGGGACCUGCUACCAGCGCUACUGCUGCAGAGACCUGACCUUGCUCAUCACCGAGAGGCAGCAGAAGCACUGCCUGGCCUUCAGUCCCAAGACCAUAGCAGGCAUCGCCUCGGCCGUGAUCCUCUUUGUGGCUGUGGUGGCCACCACCAUCUGCUGCUUCCUGUGUUCCUGCUGCUACCUGUACCGCCGGCGCCAGCAGCUGCAGAGCCCAUUUGAAGGCCAGGAGAUUCCAAUGACAGGCAUCCCAGUGCAGCCAGUGUACCCAUACCCUCAGGACCCCAAAGCUGGCCCCGCACCCCCACAGCCUGGCUAUAUGUACCCUCCUAGUGGUCCUGCUCCCCAGUACCCACUCUACCCGGCUGGGCCCCCUAUCUACAACCCUGCAGCUCCUCCCCCCUAUAUGCCACCACAGCCCUCCUACCCAGGAGCCUGAGGAACCAGCUGUGUCUCUGCUGCCCCUUCAGUGAUGCCCCUCUCCUGUAUCUGCAUCUGGCCCUGGGGGUGGGCAAGGGUCCUCUACUCAGCAGGCCCCAGACCAAGCCAAGCCCUGGGUCCUACUGGUGAUGGAGCCCCAGGGACGUAGACCAGGAGCUGAGCUGGAACUUGGCCGUGAAUGAGGGGUGGGUGGGAAGGGCUUGGGGUCAGUGGACUAUUUUUACCUGGGACAAGAGAAGGACAUGAAAGCCUGGGUCAAAGCCCCUGCUUUCUCAGAGUCCUGCGACUUCCAAGAUCCCAG